AUAAGUGCUUAUGGAUACGAGAGUGGGUGAACAGCAGAUGACCUCACAACAAAUGGUCUUGUAUAUAUCCUUAGCAAAAUAGACUACAUGAUAGGAAUGAGAGUAUGAGACACUAUACUAUCAAGUUCUUAUUGACAACAUUAAAUAUUUUGCUCAUAUAUUAUACACUCCUACCACAAGAUUAGUGUGCCAAAACUACUCAAGGUUGUUCAGGUGCCCACGUGGGAUGUGUUUAGUGCCAAAUACAAGGGAGAGAUGAAGUCUAUGAUCUAUAACUAGCCUUCUAAACAUAUUUUUGUAGGUAGACAUAAUUGUUCUCACAAAUGAAAGUAGAAUACUUGGCCUAGGAGAUCUUGGAGUCAAGAGAAUUGGCAUACCCAUUGGCAAACUGGAUAUGUAUGUUGCAGCUGCUGCUAUCACUCCACAAAUAGUAUUGAUGCAUUCAUGGUAGUUGCAUUCAUGCUGGUUGUAUUGUUGAACACAAAUGUCAUCCCGAUAAACCUAAGGUCAAGAUCAAUACUCAAGAUUUUUUCAAAUGUUACAUUGAAGGUCCACAGAUGCUCCAAUUAAAGGACUUUCCCCCAGACGAGUACUUUGAAGAUAUUCUGCCACGCCAUUAUGAUGAGUUUAUCAGAGCAUUGCCUUUCAAAGAAUACACUGACCCAAAAAUGGGUAUUCUGAAUCUUGCUGUGAAGUUACCCUAGAUUCUAAAAAGGUUGAUUUGGGUCCGAAAGCGUAUAUUGCAAAUGGAAUGGCUCAAGAACUUGGAAUAGGCAAUUCUGUGACCAACCUUCAUUGUGAUAUGGCAGAUGCUGUGAAUAUAUUGACACACAUCAUGGAAGCGGCAGUUAGUGGCAGGCAGCAGUUAGCAACUAAUGAGUUCAGUAGUCGGGGCAAAAGAGAUGAUGGUAGUAGUGAGUAUUCCAGGUACAGAGGAGACGUAGGGGAAGCAUUUGGUGCUCUUUGGGACAUAUUUCGGAGGGAAGAUGUAAAAAAAUUAGAGGACUGUCUAUUGAAGCACUCAAAAGAAUUUGGUUUAUGCCCUGCAGUUGACUGUCAUUUUUUAAUUUAGUAUCUAUUAUACUUUAUUUCUCCACUGUUCUGACUGACGCUUGAGCGAUUUGUGUAGGUUUGUAAUCCUAUUCAUGAUCAACAAAUUUACUUGACAUUGAAGCAUAAAAGGAAGCUAAAAGAGGAAUAUGGCCCAAGAAGAACCGGAAAUGAUUCUAGGAAGAGAUUCCAUGACCCAGGCCAUGGAGAGGAGUGUUCUUUCUGACCCUGUAAGAUGAUUCU